AUGCCUACCAGGAUCCUUGUACUACAUGGCUACUGUCAAAAUGCUUUCCACGCGUACCGCAGACUUGCUCCGGUAAUCGAAGGAUGUGGAGAUCAAGUUCAAUUCUAUUUCCUCGACGCUCCUAUGAACAUGUUACCCGUCGAUCCCAAGGCUCACUUUGGUAACAUUACGGAUGUACGGGAUACUCGGAAAUCUGUUCCAAUGUGUUCAACGCCAACAAUGUAUCCGUCAAAAUCUGACGCUAAUCGCGCAUGGUUCAAAAUAAAUGACGUGGGCCGCGACUCAUUGCCUGGGAUUGAGCAAACUUGGGUGUAUCUCCGGGACAUUCUAAAGCAACAUAGGUUCGAUGCUAUUUUUGGGUUCAGUCAAGGUGCUGCUAUGGCCGAGCAGAUCUCCGCAAUGCUUGAACGCCCGCACCUAUUUCCAAUCUUUUGCGAAAAUGGUAUUGCGCCUCAUCCUACGUUAGAUUUCAUUGCCUGUGUCUCAGGCUUUCUGAUUCGAGGACCAAAGCUUUCUUGGGAGUCGGACUCAGCCUGCAAGACUGCCAUUGCUGCGCCUGAGUUUGGAUUCGCCAUAAACACCCCGGCUUUAUAUGUGGUAGGACAAACCGAUAUUGUCGUGCCACCGGAGCGAUCACAUAUAUUCGUGCAACAUUCCAAGUUCCACAGAGUAGAAGAGCAUCAUGGAGGUCAUUUCAUUCCACUCAAAUCUAAAUGGCCUCAAUUCUUCAUUUCAUUUUUUCUCAAUCCAUUUGCGGAGAUUUCGUCGCCUACCCCAUCUCUAUCCUCAACGCCAUCUUCAAUCGCGUCUACCGAUGACGAGAAUUUCGGCCUGGCUACGCCUAGCACACACGCAUCAGCAUAUGAGACAGGUCAGACACUUCCACGGCGCCCUGAUGAUCUUGUUCAUCAAGAGAACGAGUUUGAAGAGGAGCAGUACCUUUUCUCUGUCGUCUAUGACACUGGUUCGGAUCUUGAAUACCUUCCGUUGUCGGCGCUAUCAUCUCCUCCAGACACACCGUUCUUGCGGACACCUCAACUUCCAGUGCUGGAGCUGGACGAACCGAGCAUAGUCGUGCACUCCGAUAAGCACGACUUCGAUGUAGUCGCGGACCUUUUCCCGUCCGUACCGGUCCCUAAACGAACUGCUUCACAUGAUGCUGAGUCGGUCAAGUCUAAACUAUAA